AUGGAAUCCUCUACAUCAUCAGUUAAUUUAACUAAAUAUGAUCAACUAGAAACAGAAGAUUGUUUUCCAGAUUCAGAUGAAAGCCAUUCCUCUGGAUAUGAUUCUUGUGACAGCAGUGAAUGUGGGUCAGUAAAGGUCAAGGUCAAUGAAACCAAAUGUCGGAAACCAGCAUCAGAAACAAUGGUAUUUAAAAGUCAAGAGUCGUUAUGUGACAGUUUAGAUUAUAUUUUAUCAAUGCCAGAAUUAUGUGAUGUUGUAUUUCUUGUUGGUGAAAAUAAAACACCAGUUUAUGGGGUCAAGGCCAUUUUAGCCACCAGAAGUCGUGUUUUCUAUCAGAUGAUUCUACAGAAACAGAAGGAGGUCAAGGCUAAGAAGGUCAAAGGUGAUAAGUUCAAGGGUAAACUGGUGUUAGAGGUCAUGAACUAUGAAGAAGAUAUUUUUAGAAGAUUUAUUAGUUUUAUUCAUUGUGGAAAAAUUAAAACAGAUGUUAAUUCAGUCAUAGGAUUAUUCUGUGCUUCCGUAGAAUUUAGUAUGAAAGAUUUAAAACAGGCAUGCUGGGAUUAUUUUCUUAGAUGUCUGGAUAAUCAGACAGAAACUCUGAUGACGUCACUGGAAUUUUACAGUCAUCAUCGAGGAAUAAAACACAUCAUGAAUAAGCUUUAUGGCGUACAACAAUAA